GUCUCUUUUAUUUGUUUUUGCUCUGCUUUUUAGGCUUUUCUUGACAUUCUUCCUUUACUCGGUUUUGAUUUGAGAUUCUGAGCCGAAAACAAGUUUUUCUAUCUCAUCUUCUUUCAGUUUUAUUCUUUAGUUAUAAACACUGAUAUCUCAGUGUAACCUAACUUAAGCUUCUUUGUUGGCCUCCUUUCGCCGGUGGUUGUUGCUUGUCGCGUGAGCACAACGCGCUGCCUUGUUCCUCAGUCUCUUGAUUUUGGGUUCUCUUUUCAUAUUUCUUGAAUCCCAAAGUUGCAAAGGACCCAAUACCACACUAACAAAUUGCUGUGCCUCAAAUUUUUGAAAAGGCACAACCGUCACGCGCAGCUCCUGUUACUAUAGUUCCAGCGGUUCUGUCUCUUGUAAGUGAUAUUUGAAGUCAACGGAAGUGUAUGAUUGAAGUUGUUGUAUAAAUGAGUUGACGUGUAUGAAUGAACAAAGACAAAGCCUCCAAGUGUAUGAUCGUGUUCUUGUGAGAAGAAAGUGCAUAUAUAUGUAAAAUUUUAUGUGCGAUAUGGCAAACAGCAAAUAUGAGUAUGUCAAGUGUUUUGAACUUGAGGAUGAGGUCAUGUUUCCCAAUAUAAUCCUUGUUUGGAUCGGUGGCUGUAACCUGCACAAACCUUACGAUGUAAAUGCCUUGAAACUGAUGAACUCUUGUGCUGUUGCGGUUCUUGAGGAGUGUGCAGAUGUAGUCCUUGCAUAUGGGUUUGGCAAUGAGUAUACUUUUGUUUUCAAGAAGACCUCUAAGUUCUAUGACAGACGCGCUAGCAAAGUACUUUCCAUAGUUACUUCCUUUUUCUCAUCUGUCUUUGUGAGAAAGUGGGGUGAAUUCUUCCAGGAAAAGGAAAUGUUGUAUCCUCCGUCCUUCUAUGGGCGAGUCACGGCUUGUGCAUCCAUAGAAGCUCUUCAAGUGUAUCUUUUGUGGAGGCAGAAUAUUUGUCAUUUGAAUGAUCUACAUGAUCAAUGCUUUUGGCGUCUUGUUGAAGAUGGAGAGAGUGAGAGGAAAGCAUGGGAUGAAAUCAGGGGUUUUGACAAAGUAAAGCUAAACAAUCUUUUGUUUGAUCGGUUCAAUGUCAAUUACAAUACGCUGGAGCCGAUAUUCCGGCAGGGGUCUUGUGUUCUAAAGACAAUGGUAGAGGACAUUGUGAAAUACACAGAUAAUGGAACUCCAAUUAAAAGGCACAGGAGAAAGAUAAUCGCAGUGCAUUCCAAGAAAAUUGCAAGUGCAAGGUUUUGGAACGAGCAUACUGUUCUUUUGAAUGAGCUUGGUGGUUUUGUUGGAGAGGUUAACAAUGUGAAUCCAGAGUAUGUGAAGUCCUUUGAAUUUGAUAGCAAGUUGCUGCCAUCUACAUGGAUUGUAGUUCGAAUAGAUGGAUGCCACUUCCACAGAUUUUCGGAGAUACAUGAAUUUGUGAAACCAAAUGAUGAUAGAGCUCUUAACUUGAUGAAUUCAUGUGCAGUGGCUGUCUUAGAAGAGUUUUGGCAGGAUAUAGUCUUCGCCUAUGGGGUUAGCGAUGAGUAUAGUUUUAUUCUUAAGAAAACCAGUAAUCUUUAUCAACGGAGAGCCAAUAGAAUAACUUCAGCUAUUGUGUCUUUCUUUACAUCCAGUUAUGUGAUGAGAUGGAAAGAUUUCUUCGCACAAAAUGAGUUAAAGUACGCUCCUUCUUUUGAUGGACGAGCAGUGUGCUACCCAUCUAUUGAGAUUCUGCGAGACUACCUUUCAUGGAGACAAGUGGAUUGCCACAUCAACAAUCAAUAUAACUCUUGUUUCUGGAAGCUUGUUUCAUCUGGUAAAAGCAAAAGGGAAGCACAACAUAGUUUGAAGGGUUUUCAGUUGCAAAGUAAAAUUGAGGAAUUGGCUAUUGACUACAAUAAAUUACCAAUAAUGUUCCGACAAGGAUCCUCAGUUUUUUGGGACAAGUUAGACAGUGGUCUCAUUCAUUUGGAAAAUGGAGAGUCUUCUGCAAGUUAUGGAAAGGUUGUUGUAGAACAUGUUGACAUUAUUGGAUCAGCCUUUUGGUUGGAACACCCUCACAUCCUUGAAGAAAAGCUGUACUUGUAGUAUAGUAUUGAAUCAAAUAAUUAAAAUUUCAUAACUAUAUUUUUUGCUGCUGGAAAUUUUUAUUAGUUUGAUUUAAUAUUCUGGAUUUUAUAUUUGUAUUUCCUUAUUUAAUUUACAUGAAUUCAGGAAGUACUACUCUGACGAGUUUGGUUGCUGAAUUACAAGAUUCAACCAUGGCAACCAAAUUGCACUGAACUCUAACCUGCAAUUUAUUAUGAAUAAGAAUUGAACGAUUCUCAUCUGCACUCUUUGCUUCUUCUUGAGGACUAAUCCUUUUGUUUCUGACUUUCUGAACUUGUUUUAUGGCGAUUCUUUGUUGAAGCUCUUGCUACACACUGGUGUUGGGAUUUUGGUUCUGUUUUGGGUCGUUUUUUCGUUGUGUCUAUUUGUGUGUGUAUCCAAUACUUCUGAGAACAAUCAGUGUUAGUAAUUUCCAGAAAAAAUUGCAAUCCGCAUGAUGUAGAUAUGCAUGCUGAUAUUAAUGGAAAUGCGUUUACUAUAAAAUGAUUUUGAGAUUUAGUACACUUAGAUGUUGUAAUUUUUAAUUAUCUCAAAAUUUAUAAUGCCAAUCCUAAAACAGUUACUUUUAGGUUUUAGAUAUCAUCAGAAUACCUUACUUUAAGUUCAAAAAUCUCAGCAAUUAUCUCUGCCUGAUAUUUGUAAACUGUGUUAUGACCCAUAGUUUUUUAGAACUUAACGCUAAGUGGCUUAGUUCCUGAUGUAUUGAUCCAAUAAGAGAAAUCUCUCCUCUGCUUGAUUUUGUGAGCAGUAUCUUGCUUGAUUUUGUGAGCAGUUGUCAAAAUUUACUUAGUUGGUCACUGAACACAUCAACCAGAGAAUACCUGAACAAUGAAUAGCUUCAAAAAAGAAAGCAAAUAGAUGAAUGGUGGGGCCAAGCAAACAAAUGUUGAUUAAAACAUGAUCAUUUCAUAGUUUAGCAUAUCACAAUGUCAAAUCACUACAUAAUUGUUUGUCACUUUGUUGUUUAUUGAUAAGGUUCAUUUUAAAAUAUGAAUGUGAAGAAACAUAUGCUGAUUACUUGGCAGUUUCUUUUCUUUUUCCUAAAAGUUGAUAUGCCUUCUUAUGAACAUGGAAGGACUACAAUUAAUUUGUAUUGCGGAUUACCUGGUGUGUUAACAUAUAAAAUUUUCAUGCUUCCAAUACAUGGAGAAGAUUUGAUGGAAGGUCACGUUAGAAUUAAGCGCAUGCUUCUUGUCCUUCUCAUCUACAUUGAAUAUCCUUAUUUUUCUUAGUUAGCAGAUAUUGUAAUCUGUAGUGUAUAGGAAAUAGUGCUUGUAAUUAGCGUUACAAUUACUGCACUCAUGGACUAAUCGUGUAUGAAAAUCACAUUAGUGGUGCGCUAACUGUAAUACAUAAUUCCUUAACCUCUUCUUCCUUUAUCAGUUAACAUAUGGUGUUAAAGAUGCUUCCUUCCUCCUCUUUGCAUUUUCUUUAUCGUUUUUAUUUAUCAUUAUUGUUCUAAUGGUGUUAUUAUUUGUUCAAAUAAUUAUAUAAAGAACAGCAGGUAAACCUUCAUUGACUGACUUUGCAACAUUAUUAUUGACUUAUUACUUCCAUAGAACAUUUUAUAAAAAAAUAAUUGAUCUUUACAUUGGUUUAAAUGAACAUAAUUUCUUGACUUCUGGGAGAUUUCUGUAAUUAAUUUUUCUUUAGCUAAUGUUUUAUUUUUCUCUUUUUUUUUUUUUUUCUGUCUUGGUUAAUUUUGGAGGAAUGAAUAUCCUCCUCAUGUGCACUCUUCUUAUAUGUUGGAUGUCAUGGUAAACCUGAAAUAGUUACUGUGGUUAACUCUAAUUGUUACUUAGCUGCAGGUUAUACUGUUUCUUGGUAAUUAACUUACGUAUAGGCACGGUCUUGUAGUUCUUCUCCUGAUUUCUCUUUCUUUAUCUUGGUCUAUCGCUUGUUUUCUCUCUAAUAUAAUUUUUCUUAAUCUUUUAAUUAUGAAAUUCCUCUUUAGCAACACUCUAUACAGAUAGAUACAUUAAUGCUAUACUCUGCUCUAUAAUUUUUGACAGUUUCUUGAGUGAAAUGUUUACACCGUAGUUAAAUGACCAUUUUAGUGUUUGCUCAAUUCUGUCAUUCUAAUACACAAUUGAAUUGUCAGGGGAUAGAAUGAUGGAUUAUAUGAAUAUGGAUGAACGCUCAAUAAGGAUGUUUUGGUUGGUGACCGACAUAAUCAAUGAUUAAUUUCUUAUACAGGACAACAAACAAAAUUCUUAAAUAUUCUUG